AUGCAAUCGUCCCAGCACUUUGUACGCUACAUUUCUGCUUUAUUCUCGCCUUCUCUAUCUGUCGUAUCACUUUCAGGCUCUGGAUCGCCAUCCAAGUCUUCUAAUCCUGGUUCAUUCGAGUCUCUCGCACGUACAUUUUCGGCCAUUGAGGAGGUGAAGAACUCCCGUGGAACCAGUGUUCGGCUGCUGGCUAGUGAGUAUCGCCAACUGCUGUCCUUCCCAACGUCUCAGGAGCUGACGAGCGCCUUGUAUCUCACGGCUUCACAGCUCGCACCGUCUUAUGAAGGCGUAGAGCUUCAAUUUGGGGCUAAGAGUUUUGUUAAACUUUUGAAGCAGUUAGAGGUGCAACGAGAAGGAGAUUUAAAGACUCUGGAGAAGCUGCUGACGACGUAUCCUGAUUACGGACGAGCUACUCAAGCUCUCUUGGACAGUGGACGUAUUGUGAUCCCAGUUUUGGAACAAAGUGAAACGCAGCUGAGUAUUCAGGCGGUGCAUGAACAGUUGGUGGCAAUUGCAAUGGAUGAAGGAGCUGGUGGAGUCACUAGAAAGCAGCAGCUGGCACUGAAACUGCUUCAGCAAUGCAGGUGCACUGAGGAACGAGUGUUUGUAGUUCGAAUGCUGGCGCAUCAAAAUCUGCGCAUUGGAAUGGGUGAAAAGUCGAUUCUUUGGGCUCUUGCAAUCGCAAGCGAUCCGUCAACAGGAGAAGGGGCUCAGAAGCAAGACACUAUUGCACCCUCAGCUCAAGAAAAGAGUUGGGUGGAAUGCGUGACCGCCGCAUACGCACAACAUCCCAAUUACCAUGUCCUGGCCAAGCUACUGCGUGCCAGUCAGCAUAUAAAUGAUAUUGGAAGAAAGAUUGAAUGGCUGCACAAUGAAGCUCGUCCCUUGACGGGCGUCCCAGUGCUGACAAUGUCUGCGUAUCCAGUAUCCAGCGUCGCGGCAGUGCUGGGCCGUAUCAGCAAGUCAACCAGUCACACUGCCACUUGUGAAUACAAAUACGAUGGUGCUCGUGUUCAGGUGCACCUGUCAUCGCUAGACGACAGCAGCACAUACUCUGUAAGACGCAUCUUCAGCCGCAAUAUGGAGGAUGUAACAGAGAAGUUUUCGUCUCUGUUGGAUGUGUUGGUGAAGCGCGUGACAGCACACAACUCAAAAGCGCAAGGGUCAGCUUUUGGAAAGUCACUGAUUGUAGAGGGAGAGGUCGUUGCGCUGGACCGGCAGACUGGAACGUUUCGUCCAUUCCAAGUCCUGCAGACAAGAACUACGACUGAGUUUUGUCUGUUUUUGUUUGAUCUGCUUGCUGUCGAUGGCAUCAACCUUCUUCAGGAAAAUCUUCGUAAGCGACGAGCCUUAUUGCACGAUUUGCUCGAGGAAGAGUCUGGAUACGUCGAGUUUGUGAAGCAUCUUGACAUCAGCUUGGCAUCUGGUGAAAAUGUGCUUAUUGAGGAGGAUGUCGCUGAAAAAAUGGAUACCGAAACAGCACAUGUAGCAAAGCUCGUGCAGAACUGUCUUGAGAAGGCAGUGGCAUCUGGGUGUGAGGGAUUGAUGGUCAAGGCAUUAGACGGUAUCGAUUCUGCGUAUAAAGCUGGACGUCGAUCGUUUUCCUGGAUGAAACUCAAGCAUGACUACUUGCUGGACCAUUCGACUAGAAGCAAAAGAAAAUCUGCUGCUGUGAGGGGUAGUGGAAAUGGCACAUUUCUCGUCGAUACGCUGGAUCUGGUUCCCAUUGGUGCAUUUUAUGGCAAAGGUCAGCGCACUGGAGUAUUUGGAUCGUUCCUCAUGGCAGCGUACAACUCAACUAGCGGCAAAUUCGAGACUAUUGGGAAGGUCGGAACGGGCUUUUCUCACUCGCAUCUGACGGAAGUGGCAGCACGCCUUUGCAAACAAGUUCUGCCUGCAACAGAUGAAGUGCCAGAACAAUAUCAAUCCUACAGCAUUCGAAGUCGACAUCCUGAUGUUUGGCUCUCACCAGCGGAAGUAUGGGAGAUUAAAGCCACUCAAUUGAUCAAGUCUCCUUCAUACACAUGUGGCGCUAUCGACUCGGUUGAUGUUGCAACUGCUGGAAUUCCUCGAAAAGGACUAGCGCUUCGAUUUCCUCGAUUUGUUCGGUAUCGACCCGAUAAAAAACCUUUGCAAGCAACAGAUAGCGAACAAGUCAUGGAGCUCUACCAACAGCAGCGACAACAAGUUCCUCACUAG